UCUCUUUAAAAGGGAGAGUGCAGGCCUGUGUUAGACCACAACAGAAGCUCACUUGACACGUUUACUGGCAUUGCUGUGCACAACACCGGUUCAGAAUGAAGUUCACCGUAGCAGCCCUCAUGUCUCUGAUCUGCACAGCUGCACUGCUGUCCACAACUGAAGGUCAAAUAUAUAUGCGCUGCCAGUGCAUUAAAACACAUUCAGGAUCACCAAUUCGUAUUGAAAGAAUACUCUCAUUGAAGGUGAUUCCUGCUGGACCACAUUGCAAAAAUGAGGAGAUCAUUGCUAGAAUGAAUAGAGGACAGAUGUGUCUCGAUUCUAAAAAAGACUGGGUGAUUUCUCUCAAGGAAGAAAUGAACAAGAAGAAACUCAAGAGCCAGUAAUGAAUGAGAAUCACCUUCCUAAAAACAAGAGCAACUGAAGAAACUGAUUCAUUCAACUAUUACUACUGUAAUAUAGAAUUUUUAAAUUGAAUUUAUCAUUUCUAGGUGAUAAAUGAAGUACUGAAUGUAAAAACAUGCUUUUGUUUUCUAAAAUGUGAAGUGAUUUUUUUUUUUUUUAUUGUUACUUUACUUGACCUUAAUUUAUAUAUAUAUAUUUAUUGUUAGUGUCUCAGAAUUGUAUUUUUUUUUUUUUGUACUAAUAUAGUUUAUAUUGCUUAAUUAUGAUGACACAUGCUUAUACUAAUAAAAACUGUUUUAAUUGUCACAAUGGA